AUGAGACCUCGGAAUCUCUUGGUCUGCGGAGCUGUGGCUCUUGGCCAGCAAGUCUACGUCCCCGCCCAAGGGCCAGUCUCGAGACCGCAAUGUGCCGCGAAUAACAGCUACGCAACUGCGCUUCCCGUAUACAGCUUCCGGGAGUUCAGUCUCACGCAGACUGAAACCGUUCGUACAGCCACCUCAAUUCCCUCGCCAACAGCUACAACGAUUUAUGCACCACCCUACCAAUCUCUCAGCAGCCUUGUGCCCGAUCUGGCAACGACACAAUGGGGAAACUGGUAUCCUGGAUCCAACGCUACUGCUACAGACACUGCCAGUCCAUACGGAAACGCUUCCUGGUCUGCUCUCUGGGCAACAGUUCCCUGGGUAAAUUUUACUCGAGGCAUCUACUCUACUACUGUGUCGCCAACUCCAGUACCAACUAGUGAGCUUAUCUUGCCUCCACCUGAGCCUCUGGUUCCCCAGAGUUGCUACUAUUUCCCAGCCGACUUUAUGCUCGGUGUUGCCGCAUCAGCAGUCCAAAUUGAGGGUGCUAUCGCCGACGAGGGUCGGACGCCAGCCCACAACGAUGUUGCCAGCCUUAACAACCCAGGCCAAUCGCCAAACUGGGUAGCCAAUGAAAACUACUAUCUCUAUAAGCAAGAUAUUGAGCGUAUCGCAUCAAUGGGCGUAAAGUACUACCGCUUCUCUAUUCCCUGGACACGUAUCCUACCUUUUAUUCUCCCGGGUACACCGGUCAACGAGCCAGGCCUUGCGCAUUAUGACGAGCUCAUCGACUUUGUGCUGGAAAAAGGCAUGCUGCCGGCUAUCGUCAUCUACCACAACGAUAGUCCAUUCCAAUUCUUCUCCAACAUCAGCAGCGUGUUCAUCAAGCCAGGUACUGGCGGAAUUGGCUACCUGGACAGUUGCUUCCAGUGCAGCUACAAGAACGUGACAUGGGAAGAUGCAUUUGUCAACUAUGGCAAGAUCCUCAUGACGCAUUUUGCCGACCGCGUCCCUAUCUGGUGGUCUUACAACGAGCCGCUCCUCGGCUCUAGAAAUGGAAAGUCUGUUGAUUCUGUCAUCAAAUCGCACGCCAGACUAUACCACUUUUACAAGGAAGAAAUUGGCGGUAAAGGUAAAUUCUCCUUUACCCUCAGUGACAACUUCGGCGUUCCCCGUGAUCCAAACAACCCCGCCGACGUCGACGCCGCCAACCACUUCAACGAGUUCCAACUCGCUACCUUCGCCAACCCCAUCUUCCUCGGAAAAGACUACCCAGAAGCCUUCAAAAUGAGCAUCGCAGACUACGUGCCCCUCAGUAAAUCCGACCUCGACUACAUCAACGGCACCUCAGACUUCUUCUCGAUCCAGCCCUACACCGCCACCGUCGUCAGCCCGCCACCCAACGACACCAUCGCCGACUGCGCCGCAAACAUUACUCAUCCCUUACGCCCUUACUGCGUAACCCAAAGCCAACAAACCACCACAGGAUGGAACUUUGGCUACCGUAGCCAAUCCUACGUCUACAUCACCCCUUCCUACUUCCGCACCUACCUCUCCUACCUCUACAAUACCUGGCGCCACCCCGUCGCCGUAACCGAAUUCGGUUUUCCCGUCUUCGCCGAGGCCCAAAAGACGCAAGCUGACCAGGAAUUCGACAGCCCCCGCUCCCAAUACUACCAGACCUACCUCAACGAGGGUCUCAAAGCUAUUUGGGAGGAUGGCGUAGAGUUUAUAGGUGCAUUUGCUUGGAGCUGGGCAGAUAACUGGGAGUUUGGCGACUACAAUCAGCAGUUUGGCAUUCAGACUGUCAAUAGAACGACGCAGGUGAGGAGGUAUAAGAAGAGUUUUUUCGACUUUGUCGAUUUUAUCGAGAGUAGGCGGCAGAAGGCUUGA